GCUUAACAUCGGACCAGCAUGCGAACACCUAGUGCUUUCAUUCAUAGGUCGCACUCACUGUUCAAAGCAACAUCGACGCGCAAGAGUAUCUAUCCUGCUAUCCGGCUGGAACGUGUUUCACGAAAAGACGGAACACCGCCAACACAACGUGUGUACAAGCGUCUUGCUUCAUCUACUCUACCAGCCAGCACAAAUUCAGAUACACCUGAACCGUCUGCUGCUGGUUCUGUACCUCCAGAGGAACCUGAUCCAAAGCCAACAAAACGGACGCGGAUAUCUCCAACUGCUUCGAGUUCUCCGUCUACUCCACCAGAGGACAGCAUACAGCUUCCUCACGACUUGAACAUCUUCUGGCUUCCAGACGAUGGUCCAUCAGAAACUGAUUUCUUGAACAAUAAUAAUCUACCUGCUCCUGAGCUUUUUGAUGAAGCAUUGACUAAUUUACAUAUUACAUUUCAUCCGCAGACUCAGCAUAGAGCAGCCUAUUCAUCUUCUUCAGGUCCUCCAUUAGAGCCCACCCUUGCCCUUUAUUGUCCAAUAGAGGGUGGUGAAUAUAUAAUCGAUGCUACCGUAAAAGAGCUUGCUCACAGGACUGGUGCUGAAGUCCUCGUUAUCGAUGCGGUCCAGCUUGCUGCUGGUGAAUGUGGUCAUUUUGGCAAAGCUGCAAAUGCUCUUCAACUCCCCCGGAAUCCCCUCCAUUUCCAGCCACCACCUGCCUCGAAUUCCCAAUCCUCCCCCCUUCGCGUAUCACUAGAAGAAGACGACGACAUGGACAUGAUGUCUCCAAUUGCUAUUCCUUCUCAAAUGACCCUUCACCUUCUCGCACCCACUUCAACACGUGGACGCACCUCCGUACUUACCGCCUCUCGUAGUAAUCCCGCCCCAAAUCGUGUUAAAACGUUCUUCGAUGAACUCAUUAAUCUGCCUUCUCCAAACGAUACUAGCACGACUGGUACAAACACCAGCCGUCGCCCACGUAUCGUCUAUGUUCGCGACUUUCCUGUCCUCGCGUCCGCUUCUGCGACUUGGUACCCCCACCUACUUUCAGCCGUCCGCCAGCGCCGUAUCGGCCCUCUUUCCCGCCCGUCGUCCCCGGUGUGUAACCCAAUGACCAUAAUCUUUGGCAUCACCCCACCCAUCGCGCCCACACACACGUCCGCAUCCAUGUCUGCGUCCUCCGCUAGUUCAAGCCAGUUUGGUCUCAUGAACGUAGCAGGACGCCGGAGGUCGCCACACGCUGCAGCUUCUACGCCUCCCCGAUCAGGUAUCGCUGAUUGGGGCGAAGACGACGCUGCCGAGCGUGCUCGCGAGAAACGCCUGAAGGACCGGUUACGACGUUGGGAGAAAGAUGGGGACAUCGCUCUGCUCCAGGACCUCCCUACGCUCUCCACCCGGCCUGAAGAGCCCGAGGGGGAGCAUGGGCCUCGAGGUGUUGUCGUCAUUGGAGGAUCGUCCAUGCCACCGAUGCUUGAGUCUAUGAUCGCACAGCGCGGCAUGGCGAAUGGGAGUAGCGCACCGGAGAGCGAGGUGACGACGCCUUUCUUCCGCGCGUCGGUGCUCGUGCCUGGCACUCGUCUGCAACCGGAGGAACGCCUAUGCCGCAUGAGCCGUCGACGGGAAAUCAAUGAACUCGCGAUGCGCAUGGGUGUUGGCGCAGUCGGAGGUGUCCUCGAACGUGCGGAGGCAGUAGAGGUAAAGUGUGAGGGCGAACGCCAGGAAGGAGGCAAGGAUGACAUGUGGGAGGACUGGAGCAAUCAGUUUGAGCCCUGGACGAGCGUGCGGCAGAUCGCAGAUCGGGCGGUAGGGAGCGUUGUGUCUUCUGGACUUCCUCAGCAAAAAAAGCUGGGGCUCGAGCCGACGCCUGUGCCGUGGGCUACUGUGCACCAUGCCUGGGCGGCUCAGCGCUCAGCGCAUAGUCAGCGCAAGUCGUUCAUGCGUGAUUCUGCGAUUAAGAUAUCGAAACAGAAGGACGCGGAAGAAGAGCACGAGGACGCGGAGGACGAGGAAACAGAGGGGGAGAAAGUGGAUGAGGUUGUGGAGCGUGUCAGGCAGGACCCAUACCUAGAACAGCAUGAACAGAGGCUCUUAUCUUGCAUCGUGGACCCUGCUUCAUUAUCAACAACUUUCAGCCAAGUUCACCUUCCAGAACAUACCGUCGACGCUGUCCGCACGAUCGUCUCCCUGCCUCUCCUUCACCCAGCGGCGUUCCAGCAAGGUAUUCUGAAGGAACAUGGUAUGACCGGAUGUCUUCUUUUUGGGCCCCCAGGGACAGGCAAAACGCUGGUCGUUCGUGCACUUGCAAAAGAAGCUGGUUGUCGGAUGCUGAUUAUAUCGCCCUCAGAUGUCAUGGACAUGUACGUCGGCGAAGGCGAAAAGCUCGUCAAAGCCGUUUUCUCGCUCGCACGCCGUCUCUCGCCCUGCGUUGUCUUCCUCGACGAAAUGGACGCACUCUUUGGUGCGCGUAUGUCUGGGCGCGAGAGCGGUGGAGCAUUCGCACAUCGUGGGGUCAUCACUGAGUUCAUGCAGGAGAUGGAUGGACUGAAGUCCUCGAGAGAGGAUAGGGUGAUCGUGAUUGGUGCGACGAACAGGCCGUUUGAUUUAGAUGAUGCGGUGUUGAGGAGGGUACCAAGGCGAUUGUUGGUCGAUCUGCCUGGGGAGAAGGAGCGCGAAGAGAUACUCAAGAUUUUACUUCGGGACGAGACGUUGGCGCCUGAAAUUGAUCUUAAGGCGCUGGCAACGAAGACGGAAAGUUUCUCUGGAUCAGACCUUAAACAUCUUUGUGUCUCUGCUGCCCUGGAUGCCGUCAAGGAGAAUGUUAAGGUUCCGUGGAAGCCUGAUGUCCUCAAAACCUCACCAGCUAGCGAGCUCAUCACCCCUCCUAAGGUGGCUUCGCUGGACACAGCUUCUGCUCCGCAGACGUUUGAAAUAGUGACUCGGACAGACAUUCAAGCAGAUGCCCAGGAUCCAUUACUCGAAGAACCGGUGGUCGAACCUCCACCCCAUGUUCGCGUCAUCCAUGCUCGCCAUUUCACCAAAGCACUCAAGGAAAUCACGCCUUCCUCAUCCGAGUCUCUCGGUAGCUUAGCAGACCUUCGGAAAUGGAACGAGGAGUUCGGCGAGGGUCGAAAAGACAAGAAGCGAUACCAAGUUUGGGGGAAGGGCAGGUUCGGUUUCAUCAACAAGACCACACCGACACAAGAGGAAGGGCGGGUGACGGCCAACUGCACACCACAUCCAAGCCAAUCAUCAAUAGAGCAAUAGUACAGAUCUAGGCUAGUAUAGAG